AUGUGUCAGAUGACACAUAGAUGAAUGUGAUUCUCUUAUAGGCCCCACCAUGUGGAUGAUUCCAGGGCAGAACCAAACCUGGGUUUCUGAAUUUAUCCUGCUUGGCUUCUCCAGUGGCCCCACGACCAACAGCAUCCUCUUCAUUGUGUUCCUUCUCAUCUACCUGAGCUCAGUCCUGGGCAAUGGGCUCAUCAUCAUGCUGAUCUGCCUGGACACACAGCUGCACACUCCCAUGUACUUCUUCCUCUGUAUACUUGCCCUGUUGGAUAUGUGCUAUGUCACCACCACCAUGCCCCAGAUGUUGGUGCAUCUUCUUGCUCACUCUCAGACCAUCUCCUUUGCUGGCUGCUGGCUGCAGAUGUAUGUGUUUAGUGCCCUGGGUAUAACUGAGUGCACCUUAUUUGUUGUCAUGGCUUAUGACAGAUAUGUGGCCAUUUGCUACCCACUGCGUUAUACUGUCAUCCUCAACUGGGGACUGUGCAUACAGUUGGCAGCUGGGACUUGUGUCUGUGGUUUCCUCUCUGCUUUGUUACAUACUUUCUUUACCAUGAGUCUGCCAUAUUGUGGGCCCAACAAAGUCAACCACUAUUUCUGUGAAGGUCCUUCAGUGCGUAGCCUGGCUUGUAUGGACACCCACCUCAUUGAGAUAGUGGACCUGGUCUUGAGUGUUUUUGUGGUUGUUACUCCCAUUUCCCUCAUUGUGGCCUCCUACAUUCGUAUUGCCAAGGCUAUUCUCAAGAUCAAGUCCACCCAAGCCUGCUGCAAGGCUUUCUCUACCUGUGCCUCCCACCUGACUGUGGUCACAUUCUUCUAUGGUCCAGCCUCUUACAUCUACAUGAGACCCAACUCCAGCUACUCCCCUGAGCGAGACAAGCAGAUCUCACUCUUUUACAAUGCCUUCACAGCUUUGCUCAACCCCAUAGUCUACAGUCUUCGGAAUAAAGACAUCAAGAGGGCAUUUCUCAAGGUGAUGGGGCAUGGUAGGGUGGACUUCUGA